AUGCGGAGUGGAAUGAGGCCGGUGGUGCGGACGCCGCUGCGUGCGGGUGUCGCGCGCUAUGCUUCGCUUGCAACGGAACGUGUGCACCCUUCGCGCAUGCCGCGCUAUGCGGAGCUUGUCGACCAGCUCGCGGCCGUGCGCCCGCUGCUCAAGGACCGCCCGCUGACGCUCUCGGAAAAGAUUGUGUACUCGCACCUGCUGCGCCCGGAGGAGGACCUGGCGGACGCCGGCGCGGACCCGUCGGCGGUGCGUGGCAAGCGGUACCUCAAACUGCGUGUCGACCGCCUGGCGAUGCAGGACGCGUCCGCGCAGAUGGCGCUCCUGCAGUUUAUGACGUGCGGCCUGCGCCAGGCCGCCGUGCCGGCGUCGGUGCACUGCGACCAUUUGAUCCAGGCGUUUGAGGGUGCGGACGCGGACCUGAAGCGCUCGCUGAGCCAACACCAUGAGGUGUUUGCGUUCCUCGAGUCCGCCUGCCGCAAGUACGGCAUCGAGUUCUGGCGGCCGGGCUCGGGCAUUAUCCACCAGAUUGUGCUCGAGAACUACGCCGCGCCGGGCCUGCUCAUGCUCGGAACCGACUCGCACACGCCGAACGCGUCCGGCCUCGGCUGCCUCGCGAUCGGUGUUGGCGGUGCGGACGCGGUCGACGCCAUGACCGCGACGCCGUGGGAGCUGCUCGCGCCGAAAGCGCUCAACGUGCACCUCACUGGCGAGCUCUCGCCGUGGUGCUCGGCGAAGGACGUGAUCCUGAACAUUGCAGGCCGCCUUACGGUGCGUGGCGGCACUGGCUACAUUGUCGAGUACUCCGGCCCCGGCCUCGCGACGCUCCCAGCGACGGGUCUCGCGACGAUGGCCAACAUGGGCGCCGAGAUCGGCGCGACGACGAGCGCAUUCCCGUACACGGACGCGAUGGGCCGCUACCUCGCGGCGACGCGCCGCGGCGACGUUGCGCACGCCGCCGCGCGCGCCGCCGACGCGGGCCUCCUGAAUGCGGACGCGGGCGCCGAGUACGACGAGCGCAUCGAGAUUGAUCUGUCGACGCUCGAGCCGAGCCUCAACGGUCCGUUCACGCCGGACCUGAACGUCCCGCUCUCGACGUUUGUCGACCGCGUGCGCACCGGCACGGCCGACCACCCCAAGGAGCUGGCCGCGGCGCUGAUCGGCAGCUGCACCAACAGCUCGUACGCAGACAUGAGCCGCUGUGCGGACCUCGCGCGCCAGGCGACGGCCGCGGGUCUGCAGGCCCAGACGCCGUUUGACGUCACGCCCGGCUCCGAGCAGGUGCGUGCGACGGUCGAGCGCGACGGCAUCGAGCAGGCGCUUACCGACGCCGGCGCGCGUGUGCUUGCGAAUGCGUGCGGCCCCUGCAUUGGCCAGUGGAAGCGCACCGACCACCAAGGCGAGUCGAACGUGAUCCUCACGUCGUUCAACCGCAACUUUCGCGGGCGCAACGACGGCAACGGCAAGACGCUCAACUUCCUUGCCGCGCCCGAGAUUGUCACCGCGUUUGCGUUUGCGGGCCGCCUCGACUUUAACCCAAUGACCGACGCGAUUACCAAGGCGGACGGCUCCGAGUUCCGCUUCCAGCCGCCGCAGCAGGAGGAGCUGCCGUCGCAGGGCUUUGCGCAAGGCGACACGACCUACCUUCCCGAGCCGAUGCCCGAGCCGCAGCCCGAGGUGCAGGUCGCCAUCUCGCCCGAGAGCGAGCGCCUCGAGACGCUCGCACCGUUCGCGUCGCCGUUCGGCGCCGAGGACACGCUCCAGGGCAAGUACGAGCUGCCGGGUCUGCGCUGCCUGCUGCGUAUCCGCGGCAAGUGCACCACCGACCACAUCAGCGCCGCCGGCCCGUGGCUCAAGUACAAGGGGCACCUCAGCAACCUUGCAGAGAACACGCUGAUCGGCGCAUCCAACGACGAGACGGGCAACGUGAACGAGGCGCUGGACUAUGUCCCGGGCGAAGAGCUCGACUCGAUCCCGGGUAUGGCCAAGCGCUGGCGUGCGCGUGGCCAGCCGUGGAUGAUCGUCGCGGACCACAACUACGGCGAGGGCUCUGCGCGUGAGCACGCGGCGCUCCAGCCGCGUCUGUACGGCUGCCACCUUGUGCUCGCCCGCAGCAUUGCGCGUAUUGCCGAGACGAACCUGCGCAAGCAGGGCGUGCUCACCCUCCUCUUUGAGAACGAGGACGACUACCUGAAGAUCGGCAGCGGCGACCUCGUCGAGACGGUGAACCUGUCGGACCUCUUGCGCCCGGACGGCGACCUGUCGACGGUGGUGCGUGUGCGUGUGACCAAGUUCAACGAGGACGGCUCCAUCAAGGAGGCGUUUGAGCUGCCGACGCGCCACUCGCUCAGCGCGACGCACCUCGCGUGGAUCCGCGCGGGGUCCGCGCUGAACCUCAUCCGCGCGCUGGCGCAGCAAAAGAGCAGCGGCACGCCGUCCUCGGCGCAGAAGCCGUCGCUUGGCCAGGCGCGUGCCUACUCGACCUCGGCAGUGCGCCGCGCGGCCGCGCCGGCGACGCCGCAGGGCAACGACCCGCGCUACGAGAACCUGCGCCAGAUCAUCUUUCCCCAGGCGCCGGUGAAGAGCAAAAAGAACACCGCGCCGACGACGCUCGACCAGGCGAUCGGCCAGGGCAAGGCCAGCCGCGAGGUGUACGAGACAGUCCGCCGCGCAUGGCAGCUGCACCAGCGCCGCGCACGCGAGCAGUUUGCGCAGCAGCUCAACGAAAAGCGCUCGCUCCUCCAGGAGGCGGUCGAGGACCUGCGCAAGGAAGACACCGCGCUGUUCAAGCGUGCAUCGCAGUACAGCGCGCCGACCAAGCGCAACGUCGAAGAGCAGCAGCGCCUCAAAAACCUCGGCCUCUUGCCGGGGACGACGAGCUCGGACGCCGAGGCGCCGGGCUCGCGCACGCUCGUCAAGCGCCGCGCGCGCCUGAUGGCCCAGACGCGUCUUGCGACUAUGUUCCCCCGCGAGCUGCGUGCACCGACGCUCACACCGCCUGCAAAGGGGUGGCCGCAGUACACGCCGCAAGACGAGUAG